CUCUAUAAGUUAUAAUCAUUGGCCAACAAUCACUUAAUUUCAGCUCUCUCCAAAACAAUUUAUGUCCCUGCUUUAUUUGUUCUCUUCCAUAUAUAACAUUCAAAAAGUUCAUAGACUAACAAAAAUCAAACCCAUUUCAUAUUGUUGAGCUAAAAAUAUAGCCUGUGAUGAUGAUGGAGAAACUACAACAAAUGAAAAACAAGUUAUUCAAGUUUCUGCCAAAACGACCCGUGGCUUCUAUGGCUUUUCAAAACCCACCACCACUGAGUCCUAGCGGAAGCGUUACCACCAAAGCGUGUCGAAACAGGGUUUCAAUAAUCCCAAAGGAAGCUAGAAGAAAGCACAGAACUGGAAGCUUCAGCAAACGAGAGCCCACUUCUCCAAAGGUUUCAUGUAUAGGUCAAGUGGAGGGAAAGAAGAUGAGAAAGGUUCAGAAACAGAAAAAGGUUCAGGCAAAAAAGAGUGAUAAUGUCCCACAACGUGAAAAGAAGAAGACCCUGCUUUGGAGUUUUACAGAAAACGGUGAGAGUCCAAAACAAAGGGAUGAGGCACCAUCUGCAAUGUCACCAGCCCCAUCAUUGGGCACCAUGAAGAAAUUUUCAGGGGGUAGAAAGUCAAUGGCUGAUUUUGGUAUUACAAUUGUGGAGAGGUGAAUUCUGUUGGAAUGAAAUUUGACAUGUUAUAUAUGGAAAUCUAGCUAUAUGUAUGUAUAGGAAUUAAAGUGAUGUUUCUAAUUUGAUGGGGUCAAAGUAGAAUCAUCAUAAAUUAGAAUGGUUUAAUUUGCAGAUUGAAUAAAUCAUGAAAAUAUCUUCCAUUUAA